AUGUCCGCCUCGACUAGAAAGCUAACGACUCUCUACGAUAUUUCGACUUCCUUCCAAUCAGUUCGUGACUUGCGAAAUCUCCAGCUCACAGAAACCACACCAGCUCCAUAUCCGCAGCCAGCGCUAGCGACACUAGCAUCCCAGCCAUCUGUUCUCUCCUCUCUCACCUCGCGACCGGCCAACCGACCGAUACCCUCGACGAGGCGGCCGUCAUUUGCCCCAUCACUCCUCACUUCGCGGCCAGCUAACCGACGAAUUCCCUCUGAGUCGGCAGACGGCCCCUACCCAUCACACAUUCUUGAGACAGCAUUGUACACCACUCAAUCGUCUCUAGAUAAGACACACUUCUACCCCCUCUGGCGGCAAGUAUUAGCAUAUUGGUUCCCUGCCAGCGAGGGUUUCACGGUCAUGGACGAAUGGCAACCUCCAACUCAUGACUCAUCUGUCAGUGACGAAAAUAGGAUUCAAAAGAUAUCGAUUGUUGUACUUCACAAGGGGAACCCAGUAGUUCUUCUGCUGCUGCAAGGCUGCCUCGACGCAGGGAAUGAUCACUCUCGCCAGCGCAUGCGCGGCGUAGCAAGCGACACAUUUGAUCAGAUUUCGCUUUGGUCGAGCCUCCCAUUCCUUUGCGUUAUUGCAGCUAUGGGAACGAAGUGGAAUGCGUUCUUGAGGCCAACCGAUAUGACCAGCGAACAGGCGAAGGAGAUUCUGGGAUAUGAUUGGUUUGGUGAAUGGGAGGAGGAUAUCGUAUCGGAUGUAUCCUAUGAGGCUUUGGGGCAUAAUUUCAGGUCGAUAAAGGUUGCUUUGUCCCAGGAGUUGGAAGGGUAGAGUGUUCCCGUAUCUAGGUUGUAUUUCGUCAAUCAUGUAAGUUUGUACGUUAAAUCGAGGAGACCGGCCUUUGCGUU